CUGCUGGACUACGGGUACCCGCUCGUGCCCACGCCGAUCCUGGCCCCGCACCACGCGCACGCGCUUCACAAGCCCGAGCACCACCAGUACUUCUUCACUUCCGGCCGCCGCCCUCCGAUGGCGUCCAUUUCGACCACGACCACGAAUGGAGGACCGACCCGGUUCAGCCGGAGACCCAAACCCACCGGCUGGUUGGAGACUUGGUGGGAGACGUGCCCCCCCCCCCCGGGGCCGCUCCCCCCCCACGCCAGCUUCUACCUGUUGCCCCCGGCGACGCCCGGCGCCCGGCGGGGGGGCAGUGGCGGGAGGAGCUUCGUGGAGAAAAACAAGCGGACUUUGGGGCGCCGCUCGGCCCAAAGGGGCGGAUACGCGAAGGCCGGGAGGAGGCAGGAGACCGAGGUGGGUGGGAGACCCUGA